AUGGCUUCCUCCCCUAAAGAACACAAUGGCACCAUUAAGGACCUGAAGUCAUUUCAACAAACAAAAAAAUUAUGGUCUGCUGUCAUAACUGGUGGCUCCAACAUUAACUCGAGUGUUAUGUCUGACUCGCCAACCCCUCAGUCCCAAGGUGAACCUGAACCCCUCACCUCCAGCGACGCUCUUACGUCUCAAGUCGAUCAUUUCUCGCACAAAGUUGCCCGAACAUUUUUGAAAGGCACCGUACCUCACUCUGUCCUUAUCGACAUCACCCAAGUCUUAGACAGAAGGAGUUCAUUGUUGCCCUGA